AUGAGGCCGCACCCCCCGUCCGACGAGGUUGAGGUCUUCGGUCUACGCGGCGUACUGCAGACCCACCGUGGGCCGGCACCCAUCGAGACGCAUGGCUACCGGCGCGACGACAAUGGGCUAGUGCCGGUGGACGAGCCGCGCGUCUACGAGCUGCUUGGGCAGCGGCUGUCCGCCAAGGCCGUCAAGGACUACGGCGCUGCCGAUCGUGCGCGCGAGGCGCUGCGUGAGAUGGGCGUCGACGUCUUUGACAGCUCUCGGAUAUGGCGCGUCCGUGGCGGCACGCGCGAGUUCAAUGCACGGCUGACGCAGCUAGCGCAGUCGAGGCAGUUGUCGGCGUGCCGCGCCGCCUACUCUGCCGGCGAGGCCUUGGCCGACUCGCGCUCGCACGCCAUCCUCAUCGACGCCCACGCCGCGUGCGGCGAUGGGCAGGGCGCACGCGAUGCGCUGGCGGCGAUGAACGCUUCGGGCCACCAGCCGCAGCCGGCAGAGUAUGCGGCGGCUGUCAGCGCAGGCGACCUCCUGGCCGCUCGACGGCUGCUUGGCGAGGCCGAGCGCGAGCUCGGCGGAGCGAGCGGCGGCGGAGGCGGCAACAUCGGAUGGCGCGUGCUCGCCAACGCUUUCCUCCGCGCCUGCGUCGCGGGCGGAG